AGAGCUACAUGAGGGAGAAAAGAAUAUAUACUUUUCCCAUAGCUGAAACUAUUUUGAGGCUAAAGCAUUCUAGAAGCAACAAUUUUCAACACAUCAUGUUCAUGUUUAUUAGUCAUUUAUAAUUCAAAUAUUUUACCCUUGUUUUUCUAAGAGAAUAAUUUAGCAACAACAAAGAUGGAGCUAGAAUUAGGACUCAAAAUCACUAAAACUAAAGAUGAUAUUGAUUCCAUCUCUGAGUAUCAAUUUAUGAAGGAUGCAGGACCAGUUUUUCAUUCUAGAGAAACCAACACCAUGUUCAUCCUCACUGCCAAUCUCAAAGGUUAUAAGAGAAAUAACAUUGACAUUAAGAUUAGUAAAGAUGGGAAUAAGAUAUCAAUUAUUGGAAAGAAACCAAUUCAAGAAAUGGUGAUGAUGGGAUGGGUGAUGCAAAGGAAAGUGGUUGAUGUUAAAGGUUUCAAUAAGGUUUUCAAAAUUCCUCAUGGUGUGAAUUUGGAUAAGAUCAAAGCAAGUUACAAUGAAGAGGAAUGGAUGAUGAAUAUUGUCAUGCCAAAAUUGGUAAAAGGGAUUUACGGUCUUAAGAUUGAGGAAUUUAAGGAACAAGAGAAAAGUGAAAUUGAUCAUGUUUCUAGUAGUGUUGGUGAAACAAGCCAUAAAGGGUCAAAAGAUUGUGAAUUUCAACAUAUGGAAGGAAGUGAAAAUGCUAUAGAGAAGAUGCUUGAUGAUACAAAAAAGAAAGUUAAUAAAGAGAUCAUAACACAAGAAGAAGUUAAAGCAUCUAAGUUAAGAAUUGAAGAUGGAAAUGAUGAAGUUAAUAGGAACAUAAGAGAAAAUGAAAAAUGCAAGUUGAGGAUUGAGGAUAGUAAGAUAAAAGAUAUAAGAGAAAAUGAUGGAAAGGAAACAUGUGAAGCAUUGAAGACAUUAGGAGAUAUGGAGAAGAUGCUUAAUGAAACCAACAAGGAUAUAAAUGAAGAAACAAUAGAAAAAGAAGUUGGAGAUUCUAAAUUGAGAAUUGAAAAUGGAAAUAGGGAGAGUGCGAGAGACAAGGGUGGCAAAGAAGAAUAUGAUGUGACGAAGAAAUUAGAACGAGAUCAAGGUGUUGAUGUAUUCAUCUCAAAUAAAUUUGAAGAUAUGGGCAAAGAUAAAGAAUUCGAGGAUCAAAAGAUGGAUAAUGGAAGUGCUAACAAGUGGCAUGAUGAUGUAAAUAGGGAUAUAAUUGGAAGGACUAUAAAAGAAGAAGAAAAAGAAGAAUCUAACUUGAGGAGUGAAGAUAGUAAGGUAGAAGAUAUUGGUAAAGGUGUCUCACAUAACAUUACAGAAACAAGUCAAAGAGUUUUUGAAGAGUGUAUGAUUCAACAAAGUGGAGAGUCAAAACAAAAAGAGUCUAAAGCAUAUUAUGAAGAAACUGAGAAAGAAAAUAGCAUGGAAUCAUUUGAAGCAACGAAGGUGUUAGAAGUUGAACAAAAUGUAGUUGGUCAUAUUCCUAGUAACAUUGGUUGUAUAAACCAAAAUGAAUUUGAAGAGUCUAGGAUUCCUCAAAUGGAAAAAACUAUAACCACUAAAGGGAAAAUGAAUACAGGAGAAUAUGAAAAGUUACCUUUCAAAGGUAAUCAAGAUUUUCAAAAUAAAAUGAUAAAGCCUAAGAUGGAAACUAAAAAUGGAGAUCAAGAAUGUGGUUUAGAAAAGCUUGGUGGUAAGGAAAGGUUUGAUGGUGGAAUGGUGAUUAUAAAGAAAGAGUUUCCUAAGAACUUAUUUAAUAGUACUUCAAAAGAAAGGGAAGGAUUGAAUGUUGAAAAGAUGCAAGAAACCAAAUUUGUGAAUGGAGAAAUGGUGAGUAAAGAGGUUGAAUGUUUUAUGGAGAAGGGCGAAGGUGAAAGGAUCGAAAGGAUGCAUGUGGAAGAAAAGAAAGGAAAUAAUACAAGAGAGAAAAUUCAAGAGGAAAUUGAAGAGAGUGGGAAAGGAAUUAAAGAAAGUGUUCAAGAACAGUUUGUAGGGAUCGAAGGAAGUAAAAGAUUCAGUUUUGAAAAUAAGGAUGAAGAAAACGGAGUCAUCAAAGAAGCAUUAGUUGAAAAUGAAAGUUUAAUAGUGAGAGGAGUUGAAUACAAAGAGAGAACUAAAGAAAUAAACCAAGACGUGGAAGAUACAAUUGAGUAUGGUAUAGUGAAGUUGAAAGGAGAGGAAUCUAUAAAGAUUAGUGAGAAUGGACCUAAGGAAAGUGGUCACGAGAAGUUUGCACGAAUCAAAGAAAGUAAAGGAUUAAAUUUUGUGAAUGAAGAAGAAGAAAAUGAGGUUAUCAAUGAUGCAUUAGUUGAAGACGAAAGUUUAAUAAAGGAAGGAGGUGAAUACAAGGAUAAAACCAAGGAAAUAAUCAACGAGGAAGAUAAAAAUAAACAUGGUAUAAUAGAGUUGAAAGUAGAUGGUUCUACAAAGAGUCACGGUGAACCAAAUGAGUCUUUUGAGGGAGAUAAUGUAAACAAUGGAAAAUUUGAUGGAAGAAAAAUACAAAAGUUUCAAGAGAUUGAACAAACUAAAGAUGAAGGUGCCAAUGAAAAGGGUGUAAAUAUUGAAAAGUAUAUGAAGAAAAUGAUAAGAGAAAAAAAUGAGAAGGUACAAAAUGAAGAAAAUGAAGGUUUUAGGAAAAACAUACCAAAAGAAAAAGAUGAAUGUUUUUUGGAAGAAGGGAUGAGUAAAGAAAGAUCAAAAGCAAGCAAUGUUGUCAAGGAAGGUUUUCCAACGAAAAUGUUAGAUUCACCAGUUGAUACAAGAGAAGGACUAAAGAAUACAAGGAUUGAUAAAAUAAAAGGUAUUAACGAAAGUGUGAAAGAAAGUAGCAUGGGACCUUUUGGAGCAAUGAAGGUAUCAAAACUUGAACCUUUUAAAGUCAAUGACGAAGUUCAUAAGGAUUUCAUAAAUCCUAAGACGGAAACUAAAGAUGAAAAACAAAAUGAAGAGUUUCAUAAGAACUUACCUAAAAGAACUCAUGAGGAAACUGAAGGAUUGAAUGUUCUAAAAAUGCAAGAAACCAAAGAUGUCAAAAGAAAGGUAAAAGAGAUUGAAUAUUUUAAAGCGAAGGAUGAAGGUGAUAUACUUAAAAGGACGAAUGUGGAAGAAAAGAAAGUCCAGAAUAAAAGAGAAAUAAUGCAGGAGGAAAUUGAAAAGAGUGAGAAUGGAAUUAAGGGAGAUGGACAACAAGAAGUUGCAGAGAUCGAAGGAAUUAAAGGAUUCAAUGUUGUAAAGGAGGAAGAAGAAGAAUCGAAGGAGAGAAGUAAAGAAAUAGAACAAGAUGAGGAAGGUGUCUCACAUAACAUUGUAGAUUCAAGCCAAAGAGUUUUUGAAGAGUCUUUGACUCAACCAAGUGAAGAGUUAAAAGAAAAGAAAAUUGGAGGAUCAAUGUGUGACUCUAAAGAAAGCCUUAAAGAAGUGUUGAAAGAAAAUAUUAUGGAACAAAGUCUAAAUGAGCAUAUUCAUCAUAACAUUGGGAAUAUAGACCAAAAUGAAUUUAGAGAACCUAGACUUCCACAAAUGAAGAAAAGUAAAAGCACUAAAGGGGAGAUGAAUGGAGGAAGGGAAUCUGAAAACACGCCUUUUGAAGUCAUUGAUGAAGAUGUUCAAAAAACCAUGUUUGGAGAUACCAUCCCAUUGGAAGUCAUAAAAAUAAAUGAAGAGUUUCCUAAAGACUUAAGAAAAAGUAAUUUUGAUGAAAGUGACGGAUUAAAUGUUCAAAAGAUUCAAGAAUCCAUAAAUGUGAAAGAGGAAAUGGUGGACAAAGAGAUUGGAUACUUUGAGGAAAAGGGUGAAGGUGAAAGAUUCAAAAGGAUCCAUGUGAAAAUAAAGAAAGGAAAUACGAAAGAGACAAUGCAAGAGGAAAAUGAAAAGAAUGAGAAUGAAUUUAAGGAACGUGAUCGACAACAUGCAAAGGAGAACACUAUAAAAGAAAUGGAUGAAGACUCAAAUAAUGUGACAGGAGAGUUGAAACAUAAAGUUACAGAAAUCGAUGAAAGUAAAGGAUUCAAUAUUGCAAAGGAGGAAGAACAAAAAGAGGUUACUAGAAAAGCUUUGGUUGAAAGUGAAAGUUUGAUGGAAAAAAUGGAAGGAAAAGAAUCCAAGGAGAGAAUUAAUGCUAAAAGAGUCUAUGAUGAGGAUGAUGAAAUUGAAUUUGGUAUAGUAAAGUUGAAAGGAAAGAGACCUAUAAAGAUCCAUGAUGAUGGAAGAAAGUUUCAAGAUAAGGGGGAAAGUAAAGAUCUCAAUGAAAAGGGUGAAAAAAUCGAAAAGUUUGGGAAGGUAGUAAAUAAAAGGAUACAAAAAGAAGAAAAUGAAGACUUCAAGAAAGGUGUAAAAAAGGGAAAAUAUGAAUCUAAUUUAUCAGACGAUGUAAGUGAAAGUAGAUCUCAAGAUACCAAGGAUGCAAAAGAAGAAUUAAAAAUGAAAAUGUUAGACUCACAAUUUGAUACAAGAGAGAACCUAAAGGAUACAAAGAUUGAGAAAACAAAAGGUCUCGAAGAGAAUGAAAAAGUUGUACCAUUUGUGAAGAAAGUAAAGUUUGAAGAAGAAGAAGAAGAAGAAGAAGAAGAAGAAUUUAAGGAGAGAACAAAUGCAAUAGUUCAAGACGAGGAAGAUAAAAUUGAAUAUGGUAUAGUAAAGUUGAAAGGAGAAGGAUUAACAAAGAUAACACAUAAGUUUCAAGAGAAGGAGAAAAAUGAAGAUGUCAAUGAAAAAGGUGAAAAAACUGGAAAGUUUGUGAAGAAAGUGAAUGAGAAGAUACAAAAUGAAAAAGACAAGGGUUUCAACAAAAACACAAAAAUUGAAAGAGAUGAAUGUUUAUUGCAAGAAGAGAUAAGUGAAGGAAGAUCAAAAGCAAGUGAGGUUGCAAAUGAGUCAUUUGAGGAUAGAAUCAAGAAAGAAAAUAGAAAUAAAAAACUUGAUCAUGUUUAUGAGUUAGUUCAGAAAGAGAAUGUUGGUGCUGGAAUAGUUGAUGGAAGAAAAAUAAAAAAGUUUCAAGAGAUGAAUCAAACUCAAGAUGUAAAGAAAAAGGGUGCAAAUAGUGAAAAGAUUUUGAAGAAAAUGAGUGGAAACAAAGAAGUGAGUGAAAAAGUUGAACAAGUGGAAGCAAAUGAAGGUAUGAGGAAUGAUAUAGGGGAACAAAAUUUUGGUGAGUCUAUGACAAAAGAAGAAUUUCAAGAGUUUGAGGUGGAAAGAAUAAGAAAUCCUGAGAGAGAAAUUCAAUCAGUAGUAAGUAUGGGAUUUAAGGAGUUCGAUUACAAGAAUGCGAAGGAUAAGAAACAGAUGACAAAAGUGUUGGAUACAAAAUUCAAAAGCAAGGGGAGAUAUGAAUCACACGAUGAAAGUAUGAACCAAGAAGUUUUUAGUCCAAAGAAACCAAAAGAAGUUGGAGAAAAUUGUACUCGUAACAAAGUAGAAGAAUUUGAAACUAUAGAAGAUCAAGUGACUAAUCAAAUAUCAGUACCAAGGUUUCAAUCUGAAAAAGAUGUUGAAAAAAUAAGGGAAAUAAUUCACGAGAAAAUGGAUGAGUCUGAGAAGAAAAUUGAUGAUAGGGAGCAAGAAAAUGUGGCAAGAGAUGAUGGAAAAGCAGAGACUAAAGAAAAAUAUAUGUUCAAAGAAUACAAUCCAACUCAAAAUGUUGAUGAUGAGAAGUGCAAUAUAGAUGGUGAAAUUGAAAAUUCUGGUAUUGGAAAGGUUCAUAAGAAAAAAUGGAUUCAUGAAACAAUGAAAAUAAGACGGGAGAAAGAGUGUUCGGUAAAAUUUGAAGUUGAUGAGAAAGAAGAAGAAUCCUUGGAUGAAAGGCUAAAGAACGAUAUUGCAGAAACGAAGACUAACCGAGACAAUGAACAACAUGAAUAUGGAGCAAAAGAGAUUAAAGCACCGGAAACCAUGGUAUAUGAAGAAGCUAAACUGUCAAAGUUGCAAAGGAAAAGGGUUAAUCAACAAACAAAAGAUGAAAUAAACAAAAACUCAGAAUGUGUUACUGAAGAACAUGAAACAACAAAAGAAUUUUCACCAAAGAAUGUUGAUAAAGGAAAAGUUGUGAAGGAAAGGGAAGGGUUAAAGGUUGUAUACAGUGAAGAAACUAAAGAUGAUUCAACACUCACAACACCACAAACCACAGAAGAAAAGAAGCCCAAAAUGAAGGGAAACACUUCACAGUUUGACAAGGCUAGUGGAUCCAAAAAUGUGGCAAAAAAAGUGCAUGAAACUCUAAAGAGAGAACAUCAAAGAAAAUCACAAGAAUCUACUUCUAAAAUGGAGGUGGAACCACCAACUAUUAUUGAAAGGAAAAAGGCUCAUGAAUUGACAAGGUCACCAAACAUGAACAAUGAAAUUCCAAAGGUUGAAGAACUACAAGAAGAAAAUGAGGAGGGAAGGCGCAUUCAUGUACCAGAAGCAACCAUUUCAAAAGAAGGAACACAAGUCACAAGUACUCAUUUCAUAGAGAAUAAUACAUCAUUAGAAGUAGUAGCAGAUAAAGAGGCUCAACAAUUUGAAGUUGAAGGAAAAGCAAAACCAAAGAAAAAGGAAUCCAAAAUGGAUAUGCAACACUCAACAAAAAGUAAAACAAGUCAAGUUGUUGAACAAUGCAUAAACAAAUAUGAAGAACCAAAACAUGGAAUAGAGGAAGAAAAAGAAGGUAAAGAUGAAACAAAUGGAGGAAAAAAGGAGAAUGCAAAAAUAUCAAAGACUAUUGAAGAAGAAAAAAUUCUCAAGAAAAGGGAAGAACCAAAGGUUGCAAAGAGUGAUGAAGAAAAGAAGCCUAAAAUGAAGGAAACAACAACUCCACAACUUGACUUGGCUAGUGGAUUCAAAAGGGUAGUAGAAAAAGUGCAUGAAACUCGAAGAAAAUCAGAAGAAUCUACUUAUAAAUUUGAGGUGGAACCACUCAAUAUGGAUGAUGAAUUUUCAAAGGUAGAAGAAUUAAAGAAAGAAGAGGUACAAAAGAAAAAUCAUGUGCUAGAAGCAACCAUUUCUAAAGAAGAUGCAACACAAGGUAAAGUUACUCAUGCAAAAGAAAAAGUGGUUCAACAAUCAAAGGUUUCAAGCUCAUUAUGCACUCAACAACUAGAAGUUGAAGGAAAAGAAAAAAUAAAGAAAAAUGAACUUGAACAAUGCAUAAAGAAAGAAGAAAAUGCAAAACUUGGAAUAGAAGAAAUUGAAGAAGAAGAAAAAGACUAUGAUAAAGUGCAUGAGGAAGAGAAAGAAGAUAAAGAUGAAGGGAAAAAAGACAAUGUAAAAAUAUCAAAGAAAUUGUUUGUUCCAUUGGUUAUAGCAGGAUCAGCAGUACUUGCUACUAUAGUAUUUAUCUUUGUUAAGAAUAGAAGAUCUAGAAAAAUGUAAAAUUUGAGAUCACUAAAAUCAAGUUUUC